AUGGGCAAGUACUGGUUCAAGGCAGGACGACCCCUUCGCCAGGGUAUCGCCACGGUAUGCUUAGCAGCAUUCCUCUUCUUUGGAUACGAUCAAGGCGUAUUCGGCGGCAUCCUUCAGAUGGAGAACUGGCUCGACCAAUUCAACCACCCAAAUGACACCGAGACCGGUGCUCUGGUUUCCUGCUACUGCCUCGGCGCUUUGGGAGGCUGUAUACUCAAUUUCUUCACUGGAGAUCGACUAGGACGUCGAUGGUCGAUGUGGCUCGCCAUGGGUUUCGUUUUCAUUGGUGCUACCCUCCAAGCCUCAGCUUAUUCUGUUGCACAUCUCGUUGUCGGACGUGUCAUCACUGGGCUUGGAACUGGUAUCGACAGCUCGACUGUGCCGACGUAUCAAUCAGAACUCUGCCGAGCCGAAAAGCGUGGUCGUCUCGUCUCCCAAGAAGUGAUGUUUAUAGGCGUCGGGAUUGUCUUCUCCUACUGGCUCGAUUUUGGGAUGUCCUACACCACGGGAUCAGUCUCCUGGCGGUUCCCAAUUGCCUUCCAACUCGUUUUCGCCAUCAUCGUGACGAUUUUGAUAUUCGGAUUGCCAGAAUCUCCAAGAUGGCUCUUCAAAAGGGGCCGCGAACGGGAGGCCAUCGAAGUCCUUUGCGAGGUCUUCGACCUCCCAGAAGACGAUGAAUACAUUCAACACGAAAUCCGCAACAUCAAGCAUGCUUUGGCGCAGGAAUCUGCUGUUCAGAGCCACCGUGCCCUCUUCAGAAAGGACAAGCUGCACACUCGGCGCAGGGUCAUGCUCGCCUAUUUUGGACUUUUCAUGAACCAGAUGGUCGGCCCCAAUCUCAUCGUCUACUACAUCCCGACUCUCCUUGUGCAGAAUGUCGGCCAGGAUGCUCGUACAGCUCAGAUCCUCGGGGGCUGCGUUCAGAUCAUGUUCGUCAUCGGUUGCAUUGGUCCGGCCCUGGCUCUUGACCGUAUGGGGCGCAGAAAGACCAUGAUAUGGGGCUGCCUUGGCCUUGGUAUUUGUAUGACCUGUGCGGCAGGAUUGCUAGCGCCAGAGCGUGAAGCGAGUUCUUCUGCCGCUGUGGGCUUCUUUUUCCUCUGGAUGUUGAUCUUUGGCGGCACAAUCAAUGUUGUUCCAUGGGUCUAUGGCCCCGAAAUCCUCCCCCUCGAAGCCCGCACCCGCGGCAUCUCCAUCUCCGUCGCCGCGCACUGGAUGUGGAAUUUCUUCGUCGUCAUGAUUGCCCCCGUGUUCAUCAACCGCCUGAAAUGGGGCACCUACCUUUUCUUCGCGGUCCUGUCCUACAGCUUCGUCUUCAUCGUCUGGAAGUUCUAUCCGGAGACCAGCAACUAUAGCCUGGAAGAUAUCGAUGGCGUAAGUCCUUCCCUGAAUCUUUCCCUUCGCCCUGCCCCUUUCCCCACCAUCCACAACAUCUGCAAUGCCUUCGAGGCCUCGCAAAUGAUGUCUGGAAGCAAAGCGCUGACAAAAUGCCCUUCGCCCCAACAACAGCUCUUCUACAAGCCCGAGGACGAGGCCCUUCCCGAUUCGGUGGCGGACACUAAAGCCGCACACCCCCAUGAUGAUGGCGGCAGGGACGACAGCCCCGACACGCUGACGAACCGCGGCGGUGACGAGAAACGCGCCGACAAGGGCCACGUGGAGGCCGUGUGA